AUGGUGGCGUCAUGCACCGCAGCGUGCGGGUGCUUUAUCGGCCAAUGUGAGCCGGGCUGGGUUCAGUUCAGAGAUCACUGCUACAAGUUCGUGCCCCGUAGUAAGCUGUCGGUUACGUUCCAUGAAGCUGAGGCGUACUGCCAGGGGUUCUCCACCCUAAACGGGACGGGCCACCUAGCUUCAGUGCAGGACCAAGAUGAGAACGAUUUCAUCUUGGACAUAGCCACGAUGGCCGGCAUGCGUGGAAACUUUUGGAUUGGUUUCACCGAUACCCAGAAUGAAGGAACAUUUGUCUGGACAGACGGUAGCCCCACUCCGUACAAAAACUGGAGAUCAGGCAGCCCAGACGACGGAGGGUCUGGUAGGAGUGAGGACCAGGCGGAGAUGAGCUCUACCAGAGAAUGGAACGACACCAAUGGCGACAGUAAGACCCUACGCCGCGGCUUCAUGUGCAAGAUGCCCGUCUUCGACAAGAAGAAGUUUGUCACCAGGGCAUGCUCUGGCAAGUAA